AUUCACGUUCACCCAAUAAAAAAGGUAGAAGCUUGACACCUCAUCAAGUCAUCAACUACACCCACAAGUUUGGAAGCAAUAGAAAAGAUAACUCAUUUACAUAUUUGUAGAGUCCCCUGUGGAGGGUUCUUUACCAAAAAGCAAUGAAAAUGGCUGCUGCUACUGCUUCUCUCAAGAGCAGCUUUGCCUCUUCUGUAACAAUAAGGUCCCUGUUUAUUCCCAGAGGCAUCUCUGGAGCUCCAUUCAGAGUCUCACCCACCAAGAGAACUUCUUCCUUCACUGUCAAGGCCAUUCAGUCUGAGAAGCCAACUUUUCAAGUGGUUGAACCAAUCAAUGGAGAUCCCUUCAUUGGAAGCUUAGAGACACCAGUAACAUCAAGCCCAUUGAUAGCCUGGUACCUCUCCAACUUACCAGCUUACAGGACAGCAGUAAGCCCACUGCUCCGGGGGAUAGAGGUCGGGCUAGCCCAUGGGCUACUGUUGGUAGGCCCAUUUGUAAAGGCAGGGCCACUUAGGAACACUGAGUAUGCAGGAGCAGCAGGAUCAUUGGCAGCAGGAGGGCUAGUUGUGAUCCUGAGCAUAUGCUUGACAAUGUAUGGAAUAGCUUCAUUCAGUGAAGGAGAGGCAUCAACUGCACCAAGCCUCACCUUGACUGGAAGGAAGAAGGAGCCUGACCAGCUUCAGACUGCUGAUGGAUGGGCUAAGUUCAGUGGAGGGUUCUUCUUUGGUGGAAUUUCUGGUGUCAUUUGGGCUUACUUUCUUCUCUAUGUCCUCAACCUCCCUUACUUUGUUAAGUAGAGGGUUUUCAAUAGUUUUGUUUAUGUGAAUUGUCUCUCUCUCAAUCUCUCUGUCAAUGUAUAUCAUCUGCCUGUCUGGCUUUAGACAUUUGCAAAUGAAAACUGCUUAUCUGUUUCUCUA